AUGAACACAGUCUGUAUCAUCACUACCAACACAAAAGACUAUAGAUGGCCCUCUGGGAAGCUGUGGUGUGAUAGCCAUUGGCCUGCCCAGAAUAUCAUUCUCACAUCAACAGGCACUGCCAAGGCUAUGGGCAAGGCCAUCCCAGAGAUGAACGGGACACUCACUGGCCUGGCCCUCUAUAUUCCCAUCCCCAAUAUAUCUGUCUCAGAUCUGACUUGCUGCCUAGAUAAAGCUGUCAAGAACAAUUACAUCAAGAAGGUGGUAAAGCACACAUCAGAGAGGUCACUAAAGGGCAUCCUGGACUAUACUAAGGACAAGGUUGCCUCCUGA